AGUCCUGGAAGGGCAGAAAGUCAAACCUUCUUCCCUUGGGGAAAACAGAAGGUUCUAGCCUUGUGCAGACACGUAUGUCAAGAGACUGAGCGCUUCUCACCCUGGAGACAUCAAGGUGAAUAAAUACAGCAUUAAAAGGCCUGAGAAAGUCUGUUCUCCAGUACCUGCUGCUGCUCUUCUGUCUCACCCAGCAAGAAGCACCAUGAAAUUGGAAUUCACCGAGAAAAACUACAACAGCUUCGUACUGCAGAACCUGAACAAACAGAGAAAACGCAAAGAGUACUGGGACAUAGCCCUGACUGUGGACCACCAUGUCUUCUUUGCACAUCGCAAUGUGCUGGCUGCAGUCUCCCCGCUGGUGAAGAACCUCAUCUCCAACCAUGACAUGAAGACCACUGAUGAGCUCUUUAUCACCAUUGACCCCAACUACCUGAGUCCGACCACAGUGGACCAGCUCCUAGACUACUUCUACAGUGGCAAGGUGGUGAUCUCAGAACAGAAUGUGGAAGAGCUCCUUCGUGGGGCCCAGUAUUUCAACACACCCCGCCUUCGAAUUCACUGCAAUGACUUCCUGAUCAAGUCCAUCCGCCGUGCCAACUGCUUGCGCUACCUCUUCUUGGCUGAGUUGUUUGAGCUCAAAGAGGUGUCAGACUUGGCCUACUCUGGCAUUCGUGACAACUUCCACUACUGGGCCAGUCCUGAGGGCUGCGUGCACUUCAUGCGCUGUCCACCUGUCAUCUUCGGCCGCCUGCUCCGAGAUGAAAACUUGCAUGUACUCAAUGAAGACCAGGCUCUCAACGCACUCAUCAAUUGGGUAUGCUUCCGGAAGGAUGAGCGGGAGAAGUAUUUCAAGAAGUUCUUCAAUUACAUCAACCUCAAUGCUGUCUCCAACAAGACGCUAAUGUAUGCCAACAACAAGGUGAUGGGCAUGGAGAACAGCUCAGCCCACUCAACCCUGAUUGAGAGUGUCCUUGUGGACCGCAAGCAGGAGAGGCCAACCAGCCUGCUGAGCUACCAGCGGAAAGGGGCCCUGCUUGACUCAGUGGUCAUCCUAGGUGGCCAGAAGGCCCACGGAAAGUUCAAUGAUGGAGUGUUUGCUUAUAUCAUCCAGGAGAACCUGUGGUUGAAGCUCUCAGAGAUGCCCUACCGGGCAGCAGCACUGAGUGCCACCUCUGCUGGUCGCUACAUCUACAUCUCUGGUGGAACCACUGAGCAGAUUUCAGGGCUGAAGACGGCUUGGCGGUAUGACAUGGAUGACAACUCCUGGACCAAGUUGCCCGACCUGCCAAUUGGGCUUGUCUUCCACACCAUGGUGACCUGCGGGGGGACAGUGUACUCAGUGGGAGGCAGCAUUGCCCCAAGGCGCUAUGUCUCUAACAUCUAUCGCUAUGAUGAGCGCAAGGAGACCUGGUGCCUGGCAGGGAAGAUGAGCAUUCCUAUGGACGGCACAGCCGUGAUCACCAGGGGUGACCGGAACCUGUAUAUUGUCACUGGGCGGUGCUUGGUGAAGGGUUACAUCUCCCGGGUUGGGGUGGUGGACUGCUUCGAUACCAACACUGGGGAGGUGGUCCAGUGUAUCACCUUUCCUAUUGAGUUCAACCACCGGCCCCUGCUCUCUUUUCAUCAGGACAACAUCCUCUGCGUGUACAGCCACCGGCAGAGUGUAGAGAUCAACCUGCAGAAGGUAAAGGCCAACAAGACAACCAGCUCAGUGCCUCUUUUGCCCAACAAGUGCCCCUUGGAUGUGUCCCAUGCUAUAUGCUCUGUUGGAGACAACAAAGUGUUUGUGUGUGGAGGUGUCACCACAACCACCGAUGCCCAGACAAAGGACUACACCAUCAGUCCAAACGCCUACCUGCUGGACCAAAAGGCAGGCGAGUGGAAGACCCUGGCCCCCCCACCGGAAGCAUUGGACUGUCCUGCCUGCUGUCUAGCCAAGCUACCUUGCAAGAUUCUUCAAAGGAUUUAAACAACUUUUUAAGUGGGAGAAUAAGUAAAUGCAUUAUUAUUCACAAUUUAAUGAGAGAGAAAUAGAGAGGAAGGUGUUGGUUCCUUUUUAGCCUCUGUUUGGCCCUGAAGGUAGAGAUCCUGGGCUCUGGCUAGUCCCAGUGUGGGGAGAUUCAGGGCUGCCCUGUUACUGAAGGGAUCCAAGCUGAGGCUGAAAGAGUCUCUGGUGGGUGGGAUUGAGGCGUAUCUUGGGCACUGGCUCCCAGUGAGUGAAGAUUCAGGGCUACUCCAUCAUUGAAGGGAUCCAAGGAGAGGCUGGAAGGGGAUCCUGGGUGGGUGAGAUCAAGGCAUCUCCCCAGGCCCUGGCCAAGGUGAUGUCUGAAAGGCCCCCUAUCCUAUACCCUUGAGGUCACCUUGAAGACACAUGCUAGACUGACUGGUAAAGCACCUGCUUAGAGUUGUGAAGCCUCAGGCUCCUCCAACACUCAUUUCUGAGUCUGCCCAGGAAGGCAGGGGAAGGCCAAUCCCAGGUCUGGGAAAGGAGCCUCCUGGGUUAGGGAGGGAGAAGGUGGUGUGAGCCAGGCUCGAGGAUGCGGGCAGAGGGUGUGGGGUUGGGACAGGAGAGGAGGCAGGGUUGCUUGGCUAUUGGGCUGGACCAUGCAGCUAUGGUGUGUCUCAUUUGUGGGCAAGUUGUAGGGUUACUUACAUGUUUCCAGUAAGCAAGGUUCAUUGGGAACUUUCUCCAGGAAUACAAGGUCUGAGGAACUGGGGGUGGAAGAGAGGCAA